AGAUGGAAACUGAGACAAACCGGUCCCACAACGGAAAGGCCCGAGCAGCCUCUCCUUCAGCUGCAAAACCACAACCUGGGAAAGAUGUAGCAGCUUUACUGAAGAGAAUAAGGAUUCACCCAGAGGCCCAAAGGAUUCUGGGUAAUUCCUGCAUACCUGUAGUGAGCUUGGAGCGCCUGAAGUUCCACUCUGUGUCCUUAUCAUGUCUGCAGCCUGUGGUCUCUCUGGUACGGCUGCCGUGCCAAACACAAGCCAAGCUCCGCAAUGACGCCUCCUGUUUGGAUCGUCCUCAGCAGAAUGGAUUCAGUCAACCUGAGGCAAACAUUUUGGAGGUAAGAGAAGUGUCGCCUCAGUCUGAGCUCAGCCGACCAGAAACAACACCGACCUCCUGGACUGAGCCGUACUGUCCCGACAGCUCCCCCUCCGAAGAACCAGAGCAGGACUCAGGCUUCGACUGUGACUCUAAUCCAGAUCAGCCGUACAUCCUGUUGGAUUCCGACUCUGAUGAAUGGGACCCGGAUGGGAAACCUGAUUCAGAGACAUUUUAUUUGGACCCGGACCCAGAGCAGACCAUAGUGAUCCAACUGGAUCCAGAACCAGAAGCAGAUCUAGCCGAUCAAUCCCUGGAGCUGGAGGAUGAAGCUGAAACAAAAUGUGAGGUAGUUCAAAUAGACGACAGUGAAGAUCAAAUAACUGAUAUUUGUAGCUCACAGGAGGAGACAGACUCAUGUAUCCAGAUACUUGGACCUGGACCAGGGGCCGAGGAGAUGGAGAGUGACGAUUUUUGUGCCGUGUGUCGGAACGGAGGAGAGCUGCUCUGCUGCGACCGCUGCCCUAAAGUUUACCACUUGGCCUGCCAUAUACCUCCGCUCACCAGCUUCCCACUAGGUGACUGGGCGUGCACGCUGUGCAGAACCGACCAGGAGCCUGUGGAGACGUACGACUGUGAGAACAAGCCCUCCUGUGGGGGAGUCAAAGCUCCAUACACACUGUGCAACCAGGACCAGAGGAGGUGUGAGAAGCUGACUCUGCUGUUGUACUAUCACACGCUCAGCGCUCCGUUCCAUGAACCUGUCAGCGUCCUGGCCCGAAACUACUACCAGAUCAUCAAGAGGCCCAUCGACCUGUCAGUGAUCCGCAGGAAACUGGACAAGAGCAACACUCUCCACUACUUCACUGCUGAGCAGUUUGUUGAUGACGUCCUGCUGAUGUUUAAAAACUGUGCUACGUUCAACUACCCAGACUCAGAGGUUGGCCAGGCCGGUCGAAGCCUGGAGGUGUUUUUCUUGAGCAAACUGAAGGAGAUUUUUCCCGACCGGACAUUUCCAUCGGCCAGCCAGGACCGGACGGACAGAGCUCGCCUCCGCUGGCUCUGCAGGAAGAGGAAGGAGAACUACAGGAAGAGAAGAUAUUUGUUCAGUGGGAAAAAAUAUUGCCUGUAACUAGUUUAAACAAUACAUGCAGAGUUAUAUGUUGUUGCCUUUAAGCCUUUUUAAUUGAUGGAGAACAUGUUGAGGUGGAAGUUCUUUAUUGAUUUUGAAAAGUGUGGCAAUCAUUUUGUACUUUUUUUUUUUUUUUACCUUUUCAUGAAUUAGAACACAUUGUGGGGAACUAAUCAAGUUGAGUCUUUUUCACAUUUCAGGUAUUUUCACAGAAGUUCAGGUAGAAACAUUUCUUACAAAGGGAUUGCUACUAUUUAGGGAUUUAGAAUGAAAAACGUCAAAUGCAAAUGAAACAUUAUUUUUGAUAGAUCUCACAAACAUCUCAUCGAAUGUGAAUUAAACAUUUUCCUAGUUAUUUUUUACGCUUGUUUGAAAACCAUGAACUUUUAGAAAGGUCAAUCGACUUCUUCAAUGGACGUACUGUACGGUGUUUCUUUUUAUUUAUGUGAUGUGACUUACAUUGUACUUCAGCUAACUCUACUCAGGUAGGUGAUACAUAAGCAUAAGCGAUAAAUGAUGUAGGUAUAAUAUGUGGUAUCUUGUAAAUGAGGUUUAUGGUCAUUGACUUACUAAAGUUCUUUUUGUUUGUAUUUGAAUUACAAUAAUUAUUUCCCAAAAGAAGAAAUAAAACGUGUUUAUUCUGAACCCCUGCCUCUUUCUUAAAACAAAACACAUGUA